CUGAUCCACAAACCCACCGGCUACGGAAAGUCGGCUUCCUCACAGCCGUGUUCCACACACCGGGUUCAGUAAAGCAGGACGGCGCUGCCGGUGACAUGGCGCGGGAUUACGAUUACCUGUUUAAACUUCUGAUCAUCGGUGAUAGCGGUGUGGGGAAAAGCAGUCUACUGCUGAGGUUUGCAGAUAACACAUUUUCAGGUAACUACAUAACCACUAUCGGUGUGGACUUUAAAAUCCGGACAGUGGAUAUAAACGGAGAGAAGGUAAAGCUGCAGAUUUGGGACACAGCAGGACAGGAACGGUUCCGUACCAUUACGUCAACGUACUACAGAGGUACACAUGGUGUGAUAGUAGUGUAUGACGUCACAAGUGCAGAGUCAUUUGUAAAUGUCAAGAGAUGGCUUCAUGAAAUUAAUCAAAACUGUGACGAUGUUUGUCGAAUAUUAGUGGGUAAUAAAAAUGACGACCCUGACUCGAAAGUGGUGGAGACCAACGACGCACAGAAGUUUGCAGAGCAGAUGGGAAUUCAGCUUUUCGAAACAAGUGCCAAGGAGAACAUCAACAUAGAGGAUAUGUUUAACUGCAUUACAGAACUUGUUCUCAGAGCAAAGAAAGAGUCAGUGGCCAGGCAGCAGCAGCAACAGCAGAGUGAAGUAGUAAACCUCAACAGGAGUAGCAGACGCAAGAAGAAAUGCUGCUAACAGACUGAACUUAAACACUUUUGCCCUGUCAGAGCCAACUGAACAUGCCACUAAACUGACAAGUGCUCAACACAGAACACAGCCUCAUGAAAAAAGACCAGCCGAUAUUAAGAGUCUAUAUCUAUUUUAAGAUUUAUUUGUGAAAUAUAUCAUCCUAUGGACUUGAACACUUUUUAAAGGACUUGUGGAGACUUAAAUGUUUUUAUGAGGAAGAGUUUCAAGUGGUACCUGUGUCCUUUAUUGGGAGAAAGGAUUAAGGAAGCCUGAUGCCAUAAUGACCUUUACAGGAGACUGAAAUGCUUUCCUUGUGCAUAUUUUUAAUGGAUUAAAAUUAGUUUUCUGUCUUAAAAGCAUGUGUAAUACAUUUACAUUUUUGGCAUUUAGCAGAUGCCUUUAUCCAAAGCAACUUACAGUACUGUAACAGUAUACAGUCUGAGCAAUUUGAGUGUUAAGGGCCUUGCUCAAGGGCCCAACAGCAGCAACCUGGCAGUGUUGGGGUUUUUAACCAGCGACCUUGAUUUUGGUUGAGCACGUAGCCACUGAUGCACCACUGCUUUCACAUCAUCACAUGAAAUUCUUCUUCCCCGUAAAGCUUCUUUGAGCGUCCAAAAAGGUGGAAAUCAGAUGGCGCUAAAUCCGGACUAUAAGCAUCUCUCAAUCUCUCAGACACGACCAAUUACUACUCCUGCCACCCUCAUUGUUUCCAAUGAAAAUAUAAAAGUGUGAAAACUUUUUAAAGAUCCCUUGUAUUUAUCAUAUUUAAGUUUUUAAACCCUAAAACCUCUGUUGUAGUAAAUGAAACAAAUUGUACAUUCCAGUGCUCAACUAUCUAUAUAGUCUUAUUGGCAACUACAGUUUUCUGUGUAACCAAACUGAUUUGAAGGGAAAGUGCAGGGCUUGAAGGUAUGCAUAAUGUUUUAUAUAUAAACAGUAAAGUAUAACAGAAGAAAUGUACACAAAUGUUGAAUUAAACAUAUAAAAUAUAUAUUUUAAAAAUUGAGCCUUAAAAUUGUGUGUGCAUAUCAGUAUUGUGAUCCACAUGAUGUACAGCUGCUACAUAUACAAACACACAUUUCUGUACAUAGACAUUACUAGAUGUGUGUUUAUAUAUGUGUAAGCUUAUUGAUCUGGUGUACACUGGAGUUUAUUUUGAUAUUUUGCCACUCAUUGUUCCCCUUAUCAUGAAUCUAAAUAAUA